AGUUAAACAAACCAGCACCGGUAAAGCACACACAAACGCAGAUAGGAAGAGAGGAGGAACAACUGAACGGGACCUGAAAUCACUAAAGGAGAUCAGAUUUUUCAGAUUUGCCGUGAACGUGAAGACCUCUGACCCCACUCCAAACCCCGACCGUCAGAACUACACAAGUCCUUCCCCUGAGGUUCCCCAAACCCCUCCGCAGCGAUGGAGACUCUGCUGGAAGUGGCCGACUACUGCCACCCGCGCCCCUGCUCCCCCGAGGGCGAAACCGUGUGCGCCGCCCUCACCCGCUACGACACCCUGAGAGACGCCAUCCGGGAGAUCCACGUGGACGUCAGCGCCUUCAAGAUCGGCAUGGAGCGGCGCUUUGAGGAGACGUCCCAGCUCAGCACGCCCCUCAGCAAGGCCGUGUCCCAGCUCCAGGAAGAGAACCAGCAACUCAAGAACCAGCUGGAGGUCUUGACGCGGCAGGUGGAGCUGCUCAUGAGCAAGACGCACGAGCAGAACCUGGAUCUGAAACUGAACCGAAUCAACAAUCACAGCCCGAAGCUCAACGGUAUACAUGAGGAGAACCAUGAAGAAGUUAAAGAGAUAUUUUACGGGAAAGGUCAAGCUCAUAUUCAGGCGUCAGACAGCACCCACAAGUCGUCCUCUCCCGUCUCGACGAGCCCGCCCGUGGGGUCCAGGGUGUCCUCCAUGGUCACCACUGGUCUUCUGUCCAGCGGCAGUCCGUCCACCACGAGAUUCUCCAGCCGGGCCACCUUCGCACUGUCCAGCAGAAAUAGUAUUGAGCGAGAAGAGCCCAUUGAAGUGGACCCAGCCCCGACCAGCGGCACCCUGGAGAAUGGACACGCUCACACAACAGAUCACUCAGUGGCAGUGAACGGAAAGCUGUCUCCUUCUUCUGACCUGCCCCCGCACACAGCGCCCCCUGCAGUCCGGGUGCCCCACAUGCCGAUCACAGCCACCACGAAGACAGCAGAGAUGAGAGCUCAGGGAUCUCCCAUCAGCCCCAGCGGCGCUCGGUCUCCUGCGUCAGACAGCCCCCCUCUGAGCCAGUCCCCGAACAGCAACCACCAGUCACCUGCAAGAGUUGAGUCUCCAGCCCCCACAGUGAAAACAUGGACCCCAGCUCCAGUCCGGACUCUGGGAUCUCCUCGGCUUCAGGAAAAGACCAAUUCCGCUCCUCCAAAGUGUGUCACAUACUCUGGACUUCCACAACAGGACAGAGACAGCGAUGCAGUGAAUGAGCGGGCAGUAGGAGAGAGGAGGAGGGAGCUGGUCCGGUCUCAGACUCUGCCCAGAAACAUCGGCGCCCAGGCUCGGCGCUCCAUCUUUGAGAAACUGGAGUCAGAGGCGAAUAACAACAGGGGUCCUAAAGCCAUGGAUUCAAAGCCCAAACUGAAGCGUUCUCAGAGUUUUGGAGUGUCCAGUGCCAGCAGCAUUAAACAGAUCCUGCUCGAAUGGUGCCGCUCCAAGACCAUCGGAUACCAGAACAUUGACAUCCAGAACUUCUCGUCCAGCUGGAGUGAUGGGAUGGCCUUCUGCGCUCUGGUCCACUCCUUCUUCCCCACAGAGUUUGACUACACAGCCCUGUCUCCUGCCAACAGAAAAUACAACUUUGAACUGGCCUUUGGGACUGCAGAAGCCAAAGCUGGUUGUGACCGUCUGAUCGAAGUGGACGACAUGAUGAUAAUGGGCCGUAAACCUGACCCCAUGUGUGUGUUCACCUACGUCCAGUCUCUGUACAACCACCUGCGCAAGUUCGAGUGACCCUCCUCCACCCAAAAAACACACGAUCACAGCCGCAGAAGGAGGUCGAGAACAGUGUGGGCGCUCCAUGAAAAACAAUACUGCCUCCUAGUGGUGACUUUGUACACUUACAGGCACUGACAAUUUUUGUACUGUUGAAAUAAGAGCGGGGGAUAUGGCAAAAAAUAACAUGACGACCUUCUUGGAUACAGAUUACAAUUUCUAUUUUUAUUCCUAUCAUGUACACUUUUUUGUAUUUUCUAUUGCAUUUAAAGCUGCACUGUGUAACUUUUCUAGUGAUGUCGUGUUCAUGGAGAAAUCACCUGGGAUGUUCCAUAGUAGUUACGCUUAUUUAUCUCUACGGAGACAACAGUUACAUGUCAGAUCUGUGGAGAGACGAGCCUACUCACAGUAAGAACGCAAGAUUUUAGGUUAAUAAAAACACAUGCUAUUGAGUAAAUGCAAAGUGGAUAUGUUUAAAAUCCUAUCAGGACAUUCCAGAUAAAGCAACAACAUCUCCAUGGAGACAGGAUCUACAAGAAAAGUUACACAUUGCACCUUAAUUAUAUCCAGCAGUCUCACACUCAGAGCUUUAAAGAGACUGGAUCACAACAACAGAUCGUCAGAAAGAGAUUCAAUUUGUAUCACCAUAUCGCCCGGCCCUAUGUUGAGGUAGGCAAAUAUAAAUAUAAGUAUACUGUAUAUGCUGUGUCUGCUACAUUGACUUUGUACUAUAGCCAUGCAAAUUUGUUAACAAGUUGCUGAAGUCAAUAAAAAGGGGUUGUGGCAAUUUGUACAUCUGCCUAUACAUUGUCAAUGGUGGCUUUAUUUUUUAUUUAAAGGGCUAUUUUCCGAUCUAUGUUAUAAUGUUAUUAAUGUUUCCUCAUCAAAAAUGUACCUGGAGUUGUGUUUUGUUUUUGUUUUUCAUUUAACACUCAAAUGCUGCAGAUUUAGGCUGAGUUCUUCUCUCAAACUGAAAUCAACAUUUGGAUAUUUUAAGUAACUACCACUUCAUGACUUCGCAAGGUGGAACAGAGCAUUUUGAGCUUUGGAGGUGUAAACAAGAGACUAAUAAUAAAGGGUUAGUCAAACAUGUGUGAAUGAAACAAAACACAACUCCAGGUCUGUUUUUGAGGAGGUAACAACGACUUAAAGCUCGGAAGAGUCAAUUUUGCGUAAUAUAGGACUUUUAACCUUUAUUGAGAUAAGACCGGAACUCCAUUAUUAAAUAUUAUUCUUUUUUUUGUGUGCGUGUGUGUGUGUGUUAUUGAGUGUUCAAGGCCUAUAAAGAUUGAUGUAUUAUUAUUGACUGAGGGUGUGUGUUAUUUGUGUGUGUGUGAGGCUUAUACCGUGUAUGAGUCUACUUUGAGUAAAUCUAUGGUCACUUUUGAUUUUAUUAUUGUUUCACUGGUAGACUAUGUGUGUGUACUAUAACAUGCCGAUGUAAAAAUAUACAGUAUGGUGUGAUGUUAAGCUUUUAAAUAAAUAAAUAAAAUGACGUUUAAACACA